UCCAUUCCCACCACGAAAACACCAUAUGUUAGCAAAACAACAACAACAAGAAAGAAAAAUGGAAAGCAGUGCAGCAUAUGAGAAUGAUCUCAACUUAAAGGCAACUGAACUCAGAUUAGGGUUGCCUGGAACAACAUAUUAUGAAGAAGAAGAAGAAGAAGAAACAGCAGCACUUUCCAGUGUUAGAACCAACAAGCGACCAUUGCAGGACGAUGAGAAAUGUGGAGCUAAUGGCAUCAAAUGUCCUUCCAAAGAACAGAUCGUGGGGUGGCCGCCAGUCCAGUCCUAUAGGAAGUACAACUCUCAGGCGAAGAAAACAGAGUCGGAGCCCGGGAUUUAUGUGAAAGUGAGCAUGGAUGGAGCACCGUAUCUGAGAAAGAUUGACCUGAGAGUUUACAAGGGGUAUCCCCAGUUGUUGCAGGCUUUGGAGAACAUGUUCAGGUUCACCGUAGGUGAAUACUCUGAAAGAGAAGGCUACAAAGGAUCUGAUUAUGCGCCUACGUAUGAAGACAAAGAUGGAGACUGGAUGCUAGUCGGUGAUGUUCCUUGGCAAAUGUUCGUCACAUCAUGCAAGAGACUGAGAAUCAUGAAAGGAUCAGAAGCUAGGGGAUUAGGUUGUGGUGUAUGACAAGAUUCAGUCUUAUUACAUAUCAAACAACACAUCUAUCCCUUGAGGGAGAGAAAAAGUAGUUUGUGCUUGGGUUGUCCGGUCUGGAUCAGAUUCUCUCGGUUGCUCAGAAUUCAGAAAAAUUACCAGGAAAAACAGAUCAAGCAAACAUGUAUAUGCAUAUUUGGUGGUUUCAUCAUAUGUAAUGUUUAUAUAACCAUCAAACCAUACGAGCAAAAGGAUGCAUGGGGUAUCCGAGUUUCUUUU